AUGGAAUCUGCUGGCAGCGCCGCGAAAGUGAAGCCCGCGAGGCAGCGGAGGGCCAGUAAGCCCAAGGUCAAGACUGGCUGCAACAAUUGCAAGAAUCGCAGAGUCAAAUGCGACGAGACCAGGCCGCAGUGCAAUAAAUGUGUGCGAUCGGGCAGGCACUGCGAUGGAUACCCAGCAUAUAAGAGGACGGUGGAGGCUGCGAUUCCAAUUGCACCACGGCCGGGCUCCUCGACUGCCACCAUAAUAUCGACUUCCUCAUCCUCCUCAUCCUCGCCGCCAAACUCGGCAGAGCUGGCUAGGAGGCAUCCUCUGCGAAGUGUACCAGCAAACCCUCGAAUCCCGACCGUGAGGAUCCUCUCCCCGGCUUCAUAUAAACCCGGCGGGUUGGCGUUCAAUGCGCAAGAGGGGCAGUAUUUCCAGGUGUUCCAGAAACACACGGCCAGCGAGCUAUCAGGGUUCUUCGACUCUGAGUUCUGGACGAGAAGUGUAUUACAAGAAAGUCACUCCGAAGCCUCAAUACGGCACGCAGUGGUCGCAUUGGGAGCUCUAUACAAGACCUUAGAGAAGGCCUCGGAAUCACCACCGGGCUCACCAGACAACAAUUCCUUCGACACAGCAACAAAUCAUUACAAUUUCGCAUUACAGCAAUAUGGGAAAGCUCUCACGCGAUUACGAGAGAGUCUGGAGAACCAAGAAACGCGCUCGCAACGGACGAUCCUGAUAUCAAUCGUGCUCUUCACCUGCUUCCAAUCCUUCACCGGGGACCACAAAGCCGCGAUCUUUCAAAUCCAAAGCGGCCUCGGCCUCCUCGAAGAGCGACGGCAGGAAUCAGGACAACCUCUCACCCGCCGCAAAGACGACAUAGUCGAAGAAGAGCUGGUGCAAAUGUUCACACGUCUAGCCAUCCAAGCCAAGUCCUACGACAUGGCCUUCCACUUCCCGCACCCCUACGUAAUCCGGCUCUCUCCCCAGCGUGGGGAUCCCUCCUCCCCAACCUCCCCAUCCUCUCCUUCAGACGCCGCCUCUACAGCGUCAAUGGACGCACACAUCCCUCUAAAGUUCGCCACCUCCCAAGAAGCGCGGCAGGCCUUAGACUCCCUCUGUGAACGUAUAAUGCGCUUCAACGAGCUCCUCUCCUCCUUCCACCCAGGGCCGAACAACAUCCUCCCCAAAUCCGUCCAAUCCUCCGGCCACGGCUUCAAAAUGCAGCUUUCCCAAUGGGAGAAGGCCUUCGACCCUCUCCUCGAAUCGCGCCGCCACGCCAACGUCUCAAACACAGAGCGGGCCGGCCGCGACGUCCUGAGGAUGAUCCACCUCAUGACCACCAUCCUCUUCAUCAUGGGCUUCAGCAAGACGGAGAUGGAUUUCGAUAACUUCGUCCCCCUGUUCAAGGAGAUUGUUGAGUUGGCGAAAGAGGUUGUUGUGGACGAGGAGUUGUUACUUGCGCAGGAGAGGUGUGGCGAUGUGAACGCAUGUCGGCAUAAAGCGGACGGUCGACCGAUGAACCGUCCUCACUUCCCGGGCCUGGCGUUACACCAUCCAGGCUAUCGGGAAGAGGAUGGGUUCCUGCAUAUCAAAGCCUCUUUCGCGAUGGAUCUCGGUAUCGUGCCGCCAUUAUUCGUGGUUGCGACGAAGUGCCGGGAUCGGAAACUCAGACGGGAAGCGAUUCGUUUGUUGUUGAGCAGUCCGAGGAGAGAGGGCAUGUGGGAUAGUAUUUUGAGCGGGAGGGUCGCGCAGUGGAUUGUGGAGAUCGAGGAGGAGGGACUGAGUAGGUAUGAGGGGCCUUGGGGCAAGGCGGCGAUGGAAACGGUGGGUGAGGAGAGGAGGGUCAUGGUUAAGGAGAUUCUGUUCGAUAUGCAGAGGAGGGAGGCGAGGUUGCGGUGUGGGACGAGGGGCGCGAGAGAUGGGGAUCCGGAUGAGCGGGCGAGGGUUAAGGAUAUGUGGUGGUGA